AUGUCCCCAAUUGCCGACAUUUCAGCGCAAAACGAAGCGUCUGUCGUGCCGAAUGGAAAGCAUGUAGAAAAACCAAGUUCUUCUUUCACGCCGCUAUUACAUAGAACGCCAUGGGUCCCACCCGUUGCCGUUACAGGAGAAGGUGUCCACUUGAUUCUAGAGGAUGGGACGCGCAUCAUCGAUGCCGUGGGAGGGGCAGCCGUGAAUUGCAUAGGCUCGGGUCACCCCAAAGUCAUACAGGCAGUCAAGGAUCAGUUGGAUAAGCUACUCUCCAAUCAACCUUCCGAAAAAUUGGCAGCACGACUCAUCUCGAGCUCGGAUGGUGCGUUCAGCCAAUGUGUGUUCGUAUCCGGCGGUUCGGAAGCCAUGGAAGCCGCGAUCAAACUAGCAAAACAAUACUUUUGGGAGGUCGAUCAACCUCAACGGAAAUACUUUAUUGCAAGACAUCAGUCCUACCACGGCAAUACGCUCGGAGCAUUGGCUUUAUCUCAUCACCCGUUCAGGCGAGCACCAUACGAAGACAUAUUGAAUCACAAAGCGUUCCAUUACGUCAGUCCAGCUUACUAUAAGCGCUAUGCGCGAGCUGGUGAAUCAGAGGAGCAAUACGUCGCCAGGCUUGUCCAAGAAUUGGAAGAUAAAUUCCAAGAGUUAGGCCCAGAAAAUGUCAUUGGCUUUGCCGCUGAACCAGUGGUUGGAGCCACUCAAGGUGUCACAUACGCGCCCAAGGGCUACUUCGCCGCGAUGAGUGCCGUAUGCCGCAAGUACGGCGCACUACUUAUCCUUGAUGAGGUGAUGUGCGGUAUGGGGAGGAUGGGAACAUCUAUGCAUGCAUGGCAAGGUCCCAAUUCUUACACGGACGGCGUCUCGCCAGACAUUCAAGCCGUGGCCAAGGGUCUAGGUGGAGGUUAUGGAAGCAUAGGUGCCAUACUACUCAACGAGAGAGUUGCAGGUGGCUUGCAACAAGGAAGCAAGUAUCUACAGCAUGGUCAUACCUAUCAGGCUCAUCCACUAGCAAUGGCCGCCAGCUUGGCUGUACAAGAUGUUAUAGAGGAGGAAAACCUCUUAGAGAAGGCCGGAAGAGUUGGAACUGUUCUACAGCAACAACUCGAGCAGUCCCUGACGGGGCCGAACGCUCUAUCUGCUCCCUACAUUUUCGACAUCCGCGGUGGCGGGUGCUUUUGGGGCAUAGAGUUCCAAUUCCCGGAAGAGGUCGAAGAGAAAUGGUUCUCCAAGCAACGAUUCGGAGGCUUGGUACAGGCUGCCGCUAUGGAAAACGGUGCCGUCAUCAUUGGAAUGAGUGGUGGAAUCGAUGGGAAGAAGGGUGACUUUAUUAUUCUGGCUCCAGCGUAUAACAUCAGUGAUGAAGAGAUUACGGAAGUCGUUACGAAAGUAACCAAGUCCAUCGAAGACGUCUUGAAGCGAACUGUAUUAUCCUAA